AUGUUCUAUUCGGAGACGCUCCUCCAGAAGAGCGGGCCGCUGGCCCGCGUUUGGUUGUCGGCCAACAUUGAGCGCAAGCUUUCAAAGACGCACAUCUUGCAGUCCAACCUGCCGGACAGUGUAGAGGCUAUCAUUACACCCGGCCAGGCCCCGAUGGCCCUUCGUCUAAGUGGCCAGUUGCUGCUUGGUGUUGUCAGAAUCUACAAUCGCAAAGCCCGUUAUCUCUUGGAAGACUGCAAUGAGGCCUCGAUGAAGAUCAAAAUGGCGUUCCGUUCAAGUGAUAACCACGAUAUGGCAGUCGCCAACCUCUACGUUAACAACCGCGAAGCGCUGCUGCUGCCUGACAAGAUUACUCCACUAGACAACCUGGAUCUUCCUCCGCCUCCCGAUGCGGCUUGGCUCUUGUCGCAAAUGGACGAUGUCACAGCUACGCCAGUUGGCCGCAAGGGGCGCGUUAGCAACCGUGACAUCAACCUGCAGGAGGAUUUCAACAACAGCCAAUUUUUAAACCAGGUGGACACUCUCGAUGACGAACUGGAGCUCGCACCUAUGGAGGAUCUCGACCUCGAACUCGAUUUUGGCAUGGACAUCGAUGAGCGACCCACUCGCAUGGAUACGACUAUCGAAAUGGGAAGAGAUGCGCCUCUGGCUCGCUCAGUCGAGGACGACAUGUUCAGCGAGCUCGAUAUCAUGCCGCGAGGCAAGGACCAGACCGAGCGUGAACCCUCACUGGGUCUGAACCUUGACUUUGGCGACGAUACCGUUCGUAUCGCUGAUGAAGAGGGCGAUAUUCAAAUGGGUGACGACAACGAGUUCCAGUUCCCCAUCGGCGAUCAAUCUGUUGUUCCGGGUCUUUCUGGUGGUCCUUUGGACAUGCCGCGUGGCCGCAUCUCUGAAUCGCCACUUUCAGAGAUCGACCCUGAGUUCGCGAGAGAGGUUGAAGAGGAAUAUUCCCGCAUUCAGCAUACGGAUCUCUAUGAACCAGAUGAGGAAGAGGAGCAUACAGUCAUUCGUCAUCCUCAACGAGCGAAGAAGAGGAAGAUUCUGCUGCCAGACGAGCAGACGAUGCUUUCAAGCACCCACAUCAAAGACCAACAGGCUAACCAUGCCAACAUUCUCAGAGCUCAAUCGUUCUUGCCUAGGGAUCCGUUCGUCCUCGCUCUGAUGGAAAUGCAAAAGAGUGGCGGCUUCGUUUCCAACAUCAUGCUCGAUGGCCGCAGUGCCAAUUGGGCACCUGAGCUGAGAGGUAUGCUCUCGCUUGAAGCUGUCAGCCGAUCCAACGAGUUGAAGAGGAAGCGGGACAGCGGCAUCGCUGAUGUGGAGAGUGACAACGGUGCCACAUCCAAGUCGCCUCGCCUGAAUGUCGAAGAAGACGAUGCAUUUGCUGUCGAGGAUGCCGGUCUAGGCAAUCAAAGCAUAGCAGCAGAUGGCACUAUCCUUGAGAUUCCAGCUGACGAAGAGGGCAUCAAUUUUGGAGGAGACGACGACAACACCGGCAGACCCGUUUCACGUGAAGGAAGCCCUAUGCCCAACUUUGAUGAGACAACUGCUCCUGCAGUUCAUCCCCAGGACAGUGGCCCUGUCUCCAUGGGUACCAAGCAUGCUGUCCACGUACUGAGAGAUAUUUUUGGCCCCGAGGCCGAGCACGACGCCGACCAGCGCAAGAAGAAGGCCGUGGUCUUCCAGGACCUCCUUCCCGAGAAGAGAACGACGAAAGCAGAUGCUACCAAGAUGUUCUUCGAAUGUCUCGUCUUGGCUACGAAGGACGCGAUCAAGGUAGAGCAGGGCGAGACCCUCGGCGCUCCCAUCAGAGUCCGCGCCAAGCGUGGCCUUUGGGGAGCCUGGGCAGAGCGCGAGGCAGGUGGCGAGAUUGCCGAGGAGGAGGAGCUAAACCAACCCGAGCCCGCAGCCGUGAGUGCCCCGGCUGUUGCUGUGGAGGCAUAG